GAGACUCCCUCCUGCUCUCGCGUUCUACUUGAACACCCCCCAGAACACCGCUUCAACAGAGACUGAAGGAACGAGGCCAAGGGAGGUUACAUAGGGAAGAUCCCCAGCGCAAUAAUAACGGCAGCCUCUCGCUGCUCCUCAUACGCAUACCAAGUCUAUCCAAGCUACGUUUGUUCUCAUUCACGCGGCAAUCUUCCUCAAGAUGGCGACAACGACCCCCAAACCCCCCGCCGACCUAAAGAUAAUCCUCCUCGGCGACUCGGCCGUCGGCAAAUCCAAGCUCGCGGAGCGUUUCCUCCUCAACGAUUUCCACCCGCAAGUCCUCUCCACCUACGCCCUCACCCUCUACCAAUAUACUUGUACGUUCCCAUUCCCGCAAAAUCCAUCUCCCAAUACAUCACAGACUAUGAUGCCCCCGACACCACGAAAGAUAACUAUCGAUUUCUGGGAUACGGCGGGGCAAGAACGGUUCCAGACGAUGCAUCCGAGCUACUACCAUGGCGCGCACGCGUGCAUACUUGUGUUUGAUGUGGGGAGGAAGGUCACGUAUAAGAAUUUGGAUACGUGGUAUGAGGAGCUGGUGGCGUUAAGGGGUGAUCAGCUCCCAAUAAUAGUAAUAGCCAACAAGAUCGACACGGACGAAUCCCGCGCCAAGAAAUCCUUCGGGUUCAUCGACCGACGGCGUGCCGAGCGUCUUGCCUCUCUCAGCACCUCCCCCACCUCGUCCUCCCCCACCAGCACACCCCCAACACCCGAAUCAACGCUGCCCCUCUACUUCACCUCCGCCUCCUCCGGCACAAACGUCGUCGCCGCCUUCCGCGACGCCAUCACGCGCGCGUGGGCGUUCAAGGAAGGAGGCGGGGGCGGGACUUUUGUGGAUGAGGUUUUGGCGUUUAUCAGAGAGGGGGAGGGUGUGGAUGCGGGGAAGAGUGGUGCUUGGGGGGUGGCGAAGGGGAAGGCGGGGAUGGAGGUGGCGAGGGAUGCGAGGGCGCAGUGACAGCGGGGAUUUGCGGAUGUGUGAGUGUUUUUGGCUUCCUUUGUUUUGGGAGGCCUUGACUCAAGACUCGAGGGUUCGCUGGAUAAUCGUCGCUUGCCCCCGAAUGUACAUUUUUCGCAUCAACAUAUCGACGUACGAGUAAGAGAUGGGGAAUGGAAAUCAUGAUACGUAUCCAAUACUGUAUGUUGGGCAAGACAGACUCUGCGUAUACCACUCACUGUACGGCAGCCUUGGGAAAGCAGUGCAAGGCAAACGCGGG